AUGGCUUUUGGCGCUGCGCCGUCAACAGUUCCGUCCAAAGCAGCUCCCAUCCUCAUUGUCCUCCUCUACCCCUACCACGUCCUCUCGCACCACGACCCGCACCUCGUCCUCUAUCACCCCGUCCACCCGAAUCACCCCGCGAACCACCACGACCACGACCUGAAGACUGUUGAUUUUGUUUCCCCAGGCAGCGAUGAGGUAUCUCUUCGUUUCGAAGCUCCCUGUCAUGGCUGCUUCGCUGACGGAGCCAAUGGCUUAAUCUUUGACAUCGCUAUCCACAAGGCAACAGAAGCUUGUGGAAACGGCCGUAUACAUAUUAAUGGCCAAGAGUUCUACUGGCUAGGUAAUCCUGCUGAGGGUGCUGGCACUAUUCAGACGCCCCUCGUCAACGCUCUUGGGAAUCGUGGACUCAAUGCGACAUGGAAUGCGACAUGGAAGGCAUCAUGUAUCAACGACGAAGCACAGAUUCUAUCACUCCAGAUUAACCGGCCCGCUGAAGACAUCAUCAACCGUGGCUCAGGUUUCACCAUCUCAUUCAAGCAACAAGAGCAGCCAGAAAUCUUCCGACUGGUUGGAGAACCUCUUGAUAUUAGCAAUCCUGAAAACCUUGCAGCACAAUGGACUCAUCCGGACCGGCCACAGUGCUUUACCCUGGCUCCUACUCCACCCAGUACGGGAUGUGAAAAUCUCGACGACGAAUAUGCAGAGCUCAAGGCUCUGAAAGCUCGGUCACACGACCUCCAAAAAUUGAUCCGGGAGAAGAAAAAGAGGAUACAUCAAUUGCUUUGCGAUGAUUUUCGUACAUUCUGCUCCAACCUCAGCAAGUGCGGGAGCUUUAAAUGCGUUUUUCGAACCAUGCUGAACAAGCUACCUGAAUAUGCUCAUAUAAUCUCACUUCAUUUCGGACAUCACCUCGAGGGAAUCCGAAAGCAGGGAGACGAGCCUAUGUUAUAUGGACACGAUGAGAUCAACACAUCUCCUGAAGAGUACGACGACCUCGAUCCGUCUUCCGCACACUACGAUGGGAUACCCAGGACACCUUUGACUCAUCAUGACCAUGCUUCCGCUACGCCAGUUCCAUCCCAAACCAGACACUUAUCUCCGACUAUGCCUGUUUCACCCCAAACCAAACACCUAUCUCCUUCCCCUACGCUACAUCCACACGAGACCGGUCUUCCUUUACCGUCCCCAUCUCACACCAGAACGCCUGAUUCCGUUCCAAUCGAAUAUACUCAUUCUAUCCUCUUCUACAUAUUCCGACACCUCAUUCCACCUCUUCUCCUUUUCAUCACCCUGUGCAGCAUAAUCUUCCUGACCCUCCGCCGCCUCAAUCUCCUCUGUGCUUCUCCAUAUUCUCGAGCCUUACGCGCUUCCACCCGCGAAGAACGCCGCACACGCCGAACCUAUAGACGCGCCGAACUCCAACACGCCUGGCGUAAUUGGUGGAAUAGAUAUCGCCAUCCGACCUGCACCAACGACUAUGAGGAGAAGCGAACUCUGAUUCUAGAGCAGGAAGGUGUGCUAGAAGAUGCCAUGCAGGAUGAGAUUCGUGGCCUACAGGUGGCGCAGGAAAUAAUAAGAGACAUGGUCCAAGCCGAGGAAGGGAGAUCACAACUCUAUCACCAAGCCAACUUUCCUCAACAUCAGCAAUCGCGACAGACAACGACUGAACACGAAGCAACACCCUCCAGCCAAUCAUCAUCGACAACACACCCGGUCUUCAAAACAAUCAAUCCGCAUUCUUACUCCUUCGCCGGACACCGCCGCUCCACCUCCGCCUCCUCCUCCUCCUCCGAAUCAACACCCAGCCUACCACCACCCAGCUACGAACAAGAGCUCGACAGCGACAUUGAUGUCGUGGACGGGUUCAUGUAUACAGCUACAUUCGGGUCUGGCCAUACCCAUAGUAUGAGCGAAGACGGGGAUGGGUACGGCGUUGACACGACGCCGGACAGCAGCGUAGUGGAUUGCAGCCCGAGGAUGAGCUUUGACACUGGAAGGACUACUCUGACGGCCAAGGAGGGUGACUAA